GUGGGAAGGGGCGGGUGCUCGGGGCUGCCGCCGCUUCCCCUCCGCGUCGGGGUGCUGCCCCGGCCAGCCCCGCUUCGGAGCCCCGCGCCAGGGGCGGGGCGGGGCGGGUCGGGUCGGGAAGGGAAACAAUCCCCGGAGGUGAAGGGCCGAACGCCGAGCCUGUGUCCCGCUCCCCUGGGCUCUCCGAAUGUGAGCAUUUUGGUGAAGAGAAGAUAUUGCCAUCAACAUUAUAACACUGUCGUAGAAUUCCUGUAAAGACUAGGAAAUAUUGCUUGUGUCCUGCAGUCUGGAAAUACGUUUUACUACAGAUACCACCAAGGCUUUGCAAACAGGAUGAACAUGCUGCUGUUGACUGCUUACUGACAGUAACCAGCUGGGCAUUUCACUCAUGAUGUUUUCAUUCUCACCUCGUCCAAUUGGAAUUUGCUUUUACUGAUUUUUAAAAAGAGGAAUAAAUCAAGGUGGAGUACCGUAAACUUGACAUGGAAAAUAAAAAGAAAGACAAAGACAAACCAGAUGAAAGAAUGGCGCGGCCUAGUGGGAGAUCAGGCCAUAAUCCACGUGGAACUGGUUCUUCAAAUUCUGGAGUGUUAAUGGUUGGCCCUAACUUCAGAGUUGGUAAAAAAAUUGGAUGCGGUAAUUUUGGAGAACUACGGUUAGGCAAAAAUUUAUACACAAAUGACUAUGUGGCAAUUAAGCUGGAGCCAAUGAAGUCGAGAGCACCACAGCUACAUUUGGAAUACAGAUUCUACAAGCAGCUAGGAUCUGGAGAUGGAAUACCUCAGGUUUAUUAUUUUGGCCCAUGUGGCAAAUAUAAUGCUAUGGUGCUAGAACUACUUGGACCUAGUCUGGAAGAUUUAUUUGACUUGUGUGGUAGGACAUUUUCUCUUAAAACCGUUCUUAUGAUAGCCAUACAGUUGAUUUCUCGUAUGGAAUAUGUCCAUUCAAAGAACUUGAUAUACAGAGAUGUAAAACCUGAGAACUUCUUAAUAGGACGACCUGGAAACAAAACCCAGCAAAUUAUUCACAUUAUAGACUUUGGUUUAGCAAAGGAGUAUGUAGAUCCAGAAACAAAGAAGCACAUACCAUAUCGAGAACACAAGAGCCUUACAGGAACAGCUAGAUACAUGAGUAUAAAUACACAUUUAGGAAAAGAGCAAAGUAGAAGAGAUGAUUUGGAAGCAUUGGGUCAUAUGUUUAUGUAUUUUCUCAGAGGAAGUCUUCCAUGGCAAGGUUUAAAGGCGGAUACAUUAAAGGAACGUUACCAGAAAAUUGGAGACACUAAACGAGCAACUCCAAUAGAAGUAUUGUGUGAAAACUUCCCAGAGGAAAUGGCUACUUAUCUACGUUAUGUAAGAAGGUUAGAUUUUUUUGAAAAGCCAGACUAUGACUACUUAAGAAAGCUCUUCACAGACUUACUUGAUCGGAAAGGCUAUAUGUUUGAUUAUGAAUACGACUGGAUUGGCAAACAGUUGCCUACUCCAGUGGGUUCAAUACAUUCAGACCCUGCAAUGUCUUCAAACAGAGAAGCAUAUCAGCACAGAGACAGAAUGCAACAAUCCAAAAAUCAGUCAACAGACCAUCGGGCAGCUUGGGACUCACAGCAAACCAAUCCACAUCAUUUGAGGGCUCACCUGCCCUCUGACAGACAUGGUGGCUCUGUACAGGUAGUAAGCUCAACAAAUGGAGAACUGAACACAGAUGACCCAACUGCAGGCCGUUCAAAUGCACCCAUCACAGCUCCUGCAGAAGUAGAAGUAAUGGAUGAAACAAACUGCCAGAAAGUGUUGAACAUGUGGGAAGUAGCAGAAGGAAUAAAAAACAGUAUGAGAAUUGCAACAAAGAUAAGUUAAAAUUUUCUAAUAAGAAAAGCAAGAAAACCUAAAGUGUCCUUGAAUUGCGAAGAGGAUCCAAGUAGUCCUAAAUGUUUAAGAAGUCUGACCUACUUGGGUUGUGAUCCAUGUAAGUGAAGUUUAUUUAAUGAGUGAAGAGUUUAAAUUCUAGAUAGCUGUUCUAGAAUAUAAAUUAACUGUCUGCUGUACUUUCAUCUUCCUACAGUUACUUAUGUAACCUGGGUUCUGUAUAUGCUAAUUUUAUAAAUCAAGACAGAGUUUUUCUGUCGGCUUUCCCUAAGGCAUGCUGAUCUUGAACAAGUAUAAAAGUGAUUUACCAUCACAGUUAAGGGUAGGAUUUCCUCAUCUACAGGAUCAUAGGGUCAUUCAUAUUGAAAGGGAGGAGCACUGCUUUGCUUUUAUACAUGGUAUACACAUAUAUAAAACACUUGGGGUGAAAAAGGAAUUAAACUAAAUUGGGGUUCAUACAUCUACAAGUAAAUUAAAAGCUUAAGUGGUAAUGAGUGUUAGUAGUUAUAGGCAGAUGCUAAAAAAAAGGGUUAGUAAAUACGGGGGAAUUUCAGUUACAGUCAGUGGCUCCUACCCUUCAAAAUCAAUUAUAUUUCUUCUUGAAGAAGUACUUUAUAUUUAGUAAAUACAGUGUGAUACUUCUGCUACCUGUAAAAAUACUUAUCUAUGUAGUUUCCCCUACUGAAUUUUAAUUUUGGGCUUCCUCUUCAUCAAUAACCAAU